GGCGAAAUCAUCAAAGCGUAAGCCCUUAUGCAUUGAGUGUAUAAGAAGGAGGCUAUCCCUCGCCGUUUGUACCAGAAAACAAUUCUUGUUAAUUUGACCUCGACUUGAACACCAGAUUUACGUUCGCACAACAUCUUUAACGUUAAAGUGGCACUACUUACAUCAAAUACCAUCAUGUCCACCCAUCUCGCCGCCGUUUCUCCCUCUAAAGGUCAGCCCUUCGAAAUACAAACGCGUCCCACCCCAAAACCCGGUCCUGGUGAGAUCCUCGUCGCCGUCAAGUCAGUAGCUCUCAACCCUGCAGAUAACAUCAUGCGCAAUCUGGGCCUCUUUAUACCCACCUACCCCACAGUGAUGGGCUUCGAUUUUGCGGGGUUAGUUCUUGAGAUCGGCGACGAUGUCCCAACUGGUACUACCGAUAGUGGCCAGGGCCUUCCCUUCCAGCCAGGUAUCACCCGCGUAGCCGCUUAUGCGGCUUCCUUUUGGAGGUCCUACAAUCCGAACUACGGCGCUUUCCAAGAGCGAUGUAUCGUUCCCUGGCAGCAUGCGGUGCCUCUCCCGGACGCUAACAUGUCUUGGAACCAUGCGGCAACCUUACCUGUGUCCGUCGAGGUACCCCUUAGCGCUUGGGAUGCAUUGGGGAUUCCUCGGGUAGGGGAAGUCACUUCUGCCUCGCCUCCCUUGAAUAGUACGGAUACCAGUGGAGGGACGGAGAAGGUGAAUAAGAAGCAAGGCGAAGCCCUCCUAAUCUGGGGCGCCUCCUCCAGCGUUGGUACCAUGGGCGUACAGAGCGCCCGGGUGCUGAAGGAGGAUCCAAACUCCUCUGUCGCUGCUGUGUACGCCACCGCUGGGCUAGCGAAUAAGACCUAUGUGAGCUCGCUGGGUGCAGACCGCGUCUUCAACUAUAAAGAUUCUGGAGUCGUGGAUGCUAUAGUUUCGGCGGCGAAGGAGGAUGGGUUGGUGAUCCGACAUUGUUUCCUUGCCAUGGGACAGCUAGCACCAUGUCAAGCUGUGCUGAAGGCUUUCCUUGCGGGCGAUGAAGAAGGGGAGAAGAAGCAUGCGAAGAUCGGAUCGGCGCCUAUCGUGCCCCCGGAUUCAGACAUGGUGAGUGGGGUGGAGAUCAUCUUCCUGCAGCCGUCACCGAAGGAGGAGGAGAGAUUGGGGCAUUUCCAGUAUUGGAUGGGGACGUGGUUGAGGGAGAACUUGGUCAAGGGAGUUGUUAGGCCGAGUCCGGAGCCGAGGGUCGUGGGGAAGGGAUUAGUGGCUAUCAAUGAUGGGCUAAAUAUGCUGCUCCAGGGAGUGAGUUGUACUAAAUUAGUCAUUGAAAUCGAAGAGUAAGGACU